AGGAUGAUCACAUCUAUCUUGUCAAGCACGCCAUAUAGGGGGUGCAUGUCGUACGGACAAACCUGAUAGGUUGCAUAACCUUGGCCUCGUCUACACCGUCGCUACCGUGUUGUGGGCUCUUGCCGUGACUAUAUCUUCACGAAAUCCCUACUGGCAUGCCAUGAUCAGUUCUUUCCCUCUUAGCAUCGUCAGAUCCAUUGGUAACUAGGUCCCAAUCCUUGUCUAACGACACAGAUCUUCAAAAUGUCCGAGGAGGACAAAAAGCUGGGUAUCACCGAAGACGUAUCUUCAGAUUCUGACCUCGGAGUUGGAGUGGCGAAAGUCCCUCCACGCUAUGCGGACGAGAGCUUCAAGCUCUUCUCACAAGUACAAGUCAAAGACCCAACGCCUGAAGAAUCUCUUAGGAUCAAGAAGAAGCUUAUAUGGAGGAUCAUCCCCUUUCUCUGCGUCGGUUACCACUUGAUGUACAUUGACAAGCAGACUCUCGGUAGUUCUGCCAUACUGGGCAUUCUCAAAGACAAUCACCUCAACGCCAACCAAUACAACUGGCUCUCGUCUAUUUUCUACUUUGGCUACCUACUCGCAGAAUGGCCGCAGAACUGGGCUUUGCAGAGGUUUCCAGUCGGCAAGUGGUUAGCAGCAAAUCUCAUGCUGUGGGGAGGAAUUGUCUUGCUCCACAUACCAUGUCAGAACUUUGCCGGUAUGUUUGUGGUCAGGUUCUUUCUUGGAACAGCAGAAGCAUGUAUCGUGCCUAGUUUCUUGUUGACCCUUUCUAUGUUUUUCACAUAUCAAGAGCAGGCCUGGUUGAUGCCAGUGAUGUGGAUGUCUGGCAACUGCAGCCCAAUCACUUCCGGCCUGCUGUCCUACGGCGUCCUCUUCAUCAAGACCGGCAAUUUCGCACCGUGGAAAUGGUUCAUGGUGAUAACCGGAUGCAUCACUAUCGUCUUCGGCGCCACUGUCUGGUUUUUGUUCCCCGACAGUCCCUUGAAAGCCAAGUUUCUCUCUCCAGAAGAUCGCGCCAAAGCCAUUUUGCGCAUCAAGGAGAAUCACUCCGGCGUCGAGCACAAGCGGUUCAAGAAGCAUCAAUUCAUCGAAGCCCUCCGAGACCCAAAGACAUGGCUCUUCUUCCUACACGCAUGGAGCCAGGAAAUGGCCAACGGUCUCACGAACCAAUACUCACUGAUCAUCAAAUCCUUCGGCUUCACCACUCUCCAAACCACAUUAUUAGGCUGCGUUACCGGCCUCACAGCACUGUUCUCGCUAGGUUUCGCCGCCAUAUUUCUCAACAGGACCAGGAACUGCCGCGCCUGGAUUUCCGUCGCAGCCUAUGUACCUGCAGCCCUCUCGAGUAUUCUGCUGAUUAGCUUACCCUGGUCAAAUCGCUGGGGCCUUGUGUCAGGGAUUUGGAUCCGUUCGACAGCCGGGAUCCCGUAUGCCGUCGUCAUGAUAUGGGCUGCGAACAACUCCGCCGGCCACACCAAGAAGACCACCGUCAUCGCACUGUAUCAUAUUGGGUAUGGUCUGGGGAAUAUUCUGAGUCCGCAGUUGUUCAGGCCGAGUUGGGCGCCUAGGUAUUACGCUACAUGGGCUUUACUUCUGACGAUCGCAUGUAUCCUUCCAGCCUGCGACAUCCUAUUCCUACGCUGGUAUCUUCUCCGCGAGAACAAGCGACGGGACGCGCUGGAAGCGAAUGCCCAGGUAGCCCACGAGGGUAUCAUAGAGUCAAUCGAGGUGGACGGCACGAAGAAACAGACGGUCGUGUCGAAUAAUCAGCUCGAUCUGACAGAUCGAGAAAACCUGGAAUUUCGGUACGUCUUGUGAUGUCGCUGCAGGAAAGCUGGCAAUGAGGACUAGGACCUUAAGAUGCCUAUGUAGGAUUCCAGGCAUGCUUAGCGUUCUUUGACAGCACAACACACUUGCUGUCCUUGGACGGUCAUGGAAUCACGUGUCAGGCUGAACGACCCCUUUUUUCGGGGCCAGGUCUUUUCGCAGGCUUGCCUUGCCGGCUGGUCCAAAACCUCCGAUUAAAAUAAGAGCAACACACUUCACAAGCAAUGACAUGUCCACAAAUUGAAGUCAGCAUGAUGAUUACGCUACCGACUUGAGCUCAUCAGCCCAUCCAUCGACUUUCGUCAAGAUGAUAGUACAACAAUUAGUAG